AUGAUCAUAGGAAAGCCCGACAUCGCAAAUCGCUGCAAAGAUCUUCUGAAGCUCAUCGAAGCAAGACCUGCACUGGCACGGUCUGUGCGGGGGAUGUUCCUUGGAGGAAACUUCCUGGACCUCGAAGAAAACGGGUGGCUCCAAACCUCACCUGAUAUUGCACCUCUUCUUCGCAAGUUGACGAUGAUCCAGGCGCUGUGGAUCUGCGGGAUGCAUAUCCACUGGUCGACACUGCCGGAUGACUUGAAAUCAGCGUUGUAUGAUCUGUUUGCGCGGCCUACGAUGCGGAAGAUCUACCUUGACCGGAUUUCCGAGAUAGAUAUCUCACCGUUUGUUCAGUACGGCCAUAUCUCCGAGCUUUCGCUCAAUGCUAUCAGUAUUGUCCCCUUCGACGAUGGGGACUUGUCGAUGAACGAAGGCCAAGCUUUGUCGCCCACGGCCCCGGCUGGCAAUCUUCGAAUGCUCAAUCUGGCCCCGACAGCUGCAGCUGCCGUGGACGCUAUUCUCAAAGCGCCCAAUCCAACCCUCAAUUUCCGCGGCCUCGCGAGUCUUCAGGUCUCGACGGAACUCUGGGAUGACGCGAUGCAAUCGGUUUGGGACAGGGUAACGGCGCAAUGCGCUGCAACGGUGACCAAUUUGCGCGUCACGCACAUGCUUGACUCGAAGGAAUUAUUCGGAGGGGAAGCCUCCCCGUUCCCUUUCCAGAUCCUCGACUUUACGCGUUUCAGUUCACUAUCCAUGCUUACUUUUCACACCAACGGGUACUUCAUCGAUAACGUUCCUGGGCACGACAUCCUACCCCAAUUUCUGACGGCGCUCAGAAGUUUGGCGUCCGUGGAUAACGUUCUCCAGAGGUUUGAGCUCAAGGUCGGGUACAACGAGGAGCUGGCUCCGGAGCCUUUGCCUUGUAUCAUGCAGACGAUCGAGAAGACGGAGGGUGCUUGGCCCUAUAUGUUUUGGAGGGACCUCGAUACCGUCCUCGUCUCUUCUGGCUUCAAGAUGCUCAGAGUGUUUGUGCUGCGGUACGGCACCGGCAUCGGCAACGACAGUGUUCCUUGGGAUUCGUUGGAUCAAAGUUUGAAGGAGUUGCUCCCUCAGCUUGUGAAACGAGGUUUGCUCGAUGGACCUCGUAGGGAUAUGUUCUGA